CGAGAAGAACUGUCAUACCCCGGAAUCAAGGAACGACGUCGCUCCAGCUCCUCCUCCUCCGAGCCUCGACAGGAGCAGGAACCACGGCCAACAUUAUCAGGGCCGACGACCGGAGAUAUGGUCGACCGGCAUCAUGAGGAGGAGAGCUCCGACGACGAUGGUGAUCAAUGGAUCUUCUCGAGUAGAAGAGAACUGCGACGACGUUUGCAACGACAACUCGUGCUCGCAUUUCCACCG